CGCGAACUAAAAAUAAUCUUCUAAGAAUAGUACAAAAGUGCCACAAUGUACAAACAAUUCCCGUUUUCGAUGGAGAAGAUCCCGAGGCAAACCAGCUUCGGCUGUUUUUCACUCAAGAUUGGAAGCAUUUUUUCAGCGCUAAUCGUCAUACUCUACUCAGUCCUGGCCCUAGCGCAAUGCCUAGCCAUACUCGGCGGGUGGCAGCACGAGUCCACCCUUAACGGUUCACCAGUGGCCUACGGCCUGGUGGUGAUCAUCGCCAUUGUGCAUGCUGUCACGCUGUUCCUGUCCACCGUCAUGUUGAUUGGAGCGCUGAGGGAAGACGCCCGUCUCAUGCGCCCGUGGGUGAUCUGGACCUCCAUCCAAGUGAUGUGCUACAUGCUGCUGUUCAUCUUCUUCAUGGUGAACAACUUCUCCGACACCAGCCUCACGGUCUACGUCAUUGAGCUCCUUAGCUUGCUCAUCCAUUGCUACAUGCUGAUGCUAGUAUCCAGCUACUACAAGCAGCUGGAGGAAGAGCGAGACGAAAGACUAAAAAGUCUGAUUAAUAAAGACAUCUGGCAUGAGUACGCGUAAGACGCACUGAUUCGUGGUGCGUUUACAUGAUCGACUGCCAUCUAUAAUGUAAUAGUUUAUGUGGGUGCUACAUAAUGAAAGGCAUUAAAAUACGUGUGUGGGUUUUUUAGCAUCAGAAAGAACUCCACGGACUGUAAUAUGCCUAUACUUAAAUAAUAAACUAUCUUUAACUUUAUCUUUAUCUAAGCGUGCAGUUUUUAUUAGGCUCUUUAAUAAUUGUUAAUAAUCAUUGAAUUAUCUAAUGUACCUAGCAUGCUG